AUGGCUUUGUCACUGAGUGUUCUUUGGUUAGGUUCUUGCAGUGCUCGAAUGAAUCACAGGAGUCUACCAAAGGCCAGGAACCGCGUAUCGAAACCUCCGCUUGCUCGACGAAUCUUCAAUUUACCAUCUCCAUCACGUCGAUGCGAUGGAUCUCACUGGCAGUAUCACUGUAAUGUUGAAGAGCAGGGUUGGAGGGCCAAUCGGCGCAUUCUUCCGCAACAACAACAACAUCAGCAAUGUAGAACGCUGGCCUUUGCCGAGUCACCCUUGCUCUCCUCCGAGUCCACGCUCUGGGUCUUACGGGGGAUAUCGGCAAUGGCUUCCUACGUCGGGAUUGUGGCGUACGUCGAUCGGCCGCGAGGACGAGUGGGGGUCGGCAGUCGAGAAGUAGACGUCCGGCAAUCUACCGUUCCCGGCGCUGGUCUGGGCCUCUUCGCCGCCACCGACCUGGAACGAGGUACCGUACUGGGCACGUACCCCGGUGUCGUCCUACCUUUAUCGCAAAAUUUGCCGAAACUCCGGGACUUUCCAGCCUGCGAAGGAUACAUUUGGAGAUUUUCCGACAACAAAUUCGUGAUCGAUCCCACCAACGCCGUCGGCACUCUAGAAUCUGACUGUGUGGGCGGCAAUCCGAGCAUGCCAGGAUCGUUAUGGCUCUUUACCAAUCUACUGGAAAUGUCCACCCCGACUACCCUCUGUCGGAUCAAUGAACCGCCAAUAGGACUGGACGUCAACGUAGUGACCAACGAAGAUCUCCAAGGGCGGACGGUUACCUUUGCCUUGGAACGUGACGUCGCCAAAGGCGAAGAGCUCUUUAUCGACUACGGACUUUACUACGAUCGCUCCUUGUACGGAAAGGUACCCGAAGCAGGUGAACAUUUCAGGCAGUAG